CGGGCGGAUUUGGUUUAAGCGUGUGUGCGGUGGUGUAAUGUUUGUGGUUUUCACGGCGUUGUUUCUUUGGAGUUUUAACGGAUUUUGAGACAAUAUCCUUCUCGAGAUGAUCUCGUUGGGUCCAAAGAAGGACGGAGGUCCAAAUAUCAAGUUUUUUGAAUCUCCAGAGAUCCUCACACAGUUGGAUGGAGUCAAACAGUGGCUCCUGAAAACCUGCAAGAAGUAUGUACAAACGGAUCCUCCUACCAAUAAAAGCUUGGCAACUCUAGUGAUACAACUGCUUCAAUUCCAAGAAGACAAUCUUGGCAAAAAUGUUUCAAAACCACAGAUGACCAGGAUUCCUCUCAAAUGCUUUCUCGAUUUUAAACCAGGCGGUGGUUUAUGUCAUAUAUUAGCAACAGCUUUCAAGUUUAAGCAAGAAAAUGGAUGGCGCCGUUUCGAUUUCCCAGUUGGGAAGUCGGGCUCUCGGAUGAAUCUUUUGAUCGAUAUGCUAACGGCAAUGGAACGUGCCUUAGUUCAAAAUAGAUGCUUAGCAUUACCCAGCAUAUUCGUAAGAUCCGAUGUCGAUAAAGCGACAGCCACGAAAGUAAAAGAAGUCGUUCGACGCCAUCAGGGCACAAUCGCUGAAAAUGAGGCGGAUGCCACUCACAUUAUUUAUCCAGCAGUUGAUCCCCUGGAAGAAGAAUAUGCUCGACCAUGCUUGCGACGAGAUCGCUCUGUAUUGCUUCACUGGUAUUAUUUCCCCGACAGCUACGAUUCCUGGACUAAUCUUGAACUUCCCUGGGACUAUCCAGAAGCAAAUUUCGGAAACUCGAAUCCAAGAACGACAUACAAAGUAUCCGCUACUUGGGCCUUGGACUUGGACCAAUAUAACGAAUGGAUGAACGAAGAAGAUUACGAAGUUGACGACAACGGACAAAAGAAAGUUCACAAAUACAGACUCUCCGUUGAAGACCUAAUGUCUCAACCUACUCAUCCACCAACUGGUUCAAAGAAACCAAAGAGGAAGAGAUCGCCCACUCCUCCACCAAAAUUAGGCAAACGCAAAAGUGGUCGAGGACCUUCAGGCAUUCAGGGAACACCUUCGGCUUCCGCGACCCUGAAGAAAACUCGUGGUGGUGGCGAUGAAGAAGAGGACUUGACACAAGGUAUGGAAGAUCCUCCCGCCGAGCCUCGAAUUGUCGAAGUCGUUGCCACACCUACGAAUCCAUCAGUCUCAGGCCCAGGUUCUACAGGUGGAACUAGUGUCUCGACCAACAAGAAGCAGGACAACGAACUCCAGCCUCUCAAAUCAGGAAACAUGGCAGAUCUCGACGAACCUUCUGAAGGUGACAAAAAUAGUGCACACAGUGCCCAAGAUCGAGAGGAAAGAGGAUCGAGCAAAGAGCGUGGCGAGGGAAGUAAAAGCGACGAACCGGAAGACAAUGUCACUGAACAAACUCACCACAUUGUUGUGCCCAGUUACUCGGCUUGGUUCGACUACAACUCUAUCCACACUAUCGAGAAACGAGCUCUCUACGAGUUUUUCAAUGGAAAAAAUAAGUCCAAGACUCCGGAGAUUUAUCUCGCUUAUCGGAAUUUCAUGAUUGAUACCUACCGAUUGAAUCCUACGGAGUACAUAACGUCGACAGCGUGCAGGCGAAAUUUAGCAGGUGACGUAUGUGCGAUAAUGCGCGUCCACGCUUUUCUAGAACAAUGGGGUUUAAUUAAUUACCAAGUGGACGCGGAAUCAAGACCUACACCAAUGGGACCACCGCCAACCUCCCAUUUCCAUGUUCUCUCCGAUACACCUUCCGGUUUGGCACCUGUCAACCCCAAUCCACCAAAAACUCCACAGCCUUCCGCAGCCAAAACGCUGCUUGAUCUGGAGAAGAAACCUGCGACACCACUCGGUGUUGCAGGAGACGAGAAACCUAUUGCUGGUGCUAUGACCAACUUUGGUUUGAAGGUAGAUCAGUAUUCACGAAAGCCAGCUGUUCUGAAGAACAAACAGGCCUCGAGCGCAACUCGAGAUUGGACGGAGCAGGAGACGCUUUUGCUUCUAGAGGGAUUAGAGCUUCACAAGGAUGACUGGAAUAAAGUUUGCGAACACGUUGGGUCCAGGACACAGGAUGAGUGCAUCUUGCAUUUCCUGCGACUCCCGAUUGAGGACCCCUACCUGGAAGAAGGUGGUCCUGAAGGUUUGGGACCGUUGGGAUACCAGCCAAUUCCUUUCUCGAAAGCUGGAAACCCGGUCAUGAGUACCGUCGCUUUCCUGGCUUCUGUAGUGGAUCCAAGAGUAGCUGCUAGUGCCGCAAAGGCAGCGAUGGAAGAAUUCGCGGCUAUUAAGGAUCAGGUUCCGGCAGCUUUGCUCGAUCAGCAUUUGAGGAAUGUACAGGCGAGCGCUAAUUCUGAUGGCAAAUUCGAUCCAGCCGCUGGUCUCGCUCAAUCAGGAAUCGCUGGAACUGGCCCACCAGAACCUCCAGAGGAUUCUUCCACUUCCGCAACAGGAACAGCAAAUGCCACACCAGCUACUUCUCCACACCCAGCCCCAGAAACCAAGAAAGAAGAGCCAGAGAAACCGAAAGAGGUAGUGGAAAGUGAACAAUCAUCAGCAGUCCCUCCAAAGAAGGAGGAAACUCCCGAAAAUGAAAGGGAUCAACCCGAAAAGAUGGAUGUGGAUACUAAAGAAGGCGAGGAGGAUCCUAAAGCCAAGGUCGAUGGCGAAGAGGGUGAAGCAAAGGAGAAGAAAGACAAAGUCGUGAGGGACGCCCAACUGCAAUCGGCGGCAGCUGCAGCUCUAGCCGCUGCUGCUGUGAAAGCGAAACACUUGGCCGCUGUCGAGGAGAGAAAAAUAAAGUCCUUGGUCGCUCUGCUUGUUGAAACUCAAAUGAAAAAGCUCGAGAUAAAAUUGCGUCACUUUGAGGAGCUUGAAACGACGAUGGAGCGCGAGCGCGAGGGUCUUGAGUAUCAGCGGCAGCAACUCAUCACCGAGAGACAGCAAUUCCACCUGGAACAGCUGAAAGCUGCGGAAUUCCGAGCCCGACAGCAGGCGCACCAGAGGUUAGCUCAAGAGCAGCAGCAACAGCAGCAAAAUCAGCAUCUGAUUCAACAGCAGCAACAACCGCCAAGUCCACAAGCGACGGCUCAACAACCUCCGCCCCAUACUCCUCCUCAGCAGGCGUAAUCCAUCGAGUGAGAAGUGACCAAACACGUGGUGAGGUAUAUGCGUAUUAAUUUAUGUCGAGAUGAGAACUUUGUCGCUUAAUGCAAGAUUUUUUGUCUUAAUUCCAUUAGUGAUUUUAAUUAUUGUAUACUUCGACCUAUUUUGUCUGCAAUCUGCAUUUUGAUGUUCACUCAGUACCGUCAGAUUGUCCAGAAUCUUGCAGCUCGGAUUUCAUAUCUGCUGACGAGAACAAAAGGAAUAGAGACAACAAUUUUCCAAGUUUGAUAGAUCGCGCAACGGUUCAGAUUGCUGAACUUUAUAUUACUUUUCUACCUUUCGAGACAGGGAAACUUAAAACGAAACAGUUGUUCGUUUUAUUUGUAUAAUAAAUUUUAAGAAUUGAGGCAUCGCUUCGAUGGGAAUGAAAGGCGUGCAAUUAUACUUGAGUUGGAUGUCGAGUGAGCGUUAUUAAAUAAUGAGAGGAAGUUGAAUCGAAUUUUAUUCGCGUCGUGUGAAGUAGAAUUUCAAAAUGGCCCUUUAGCUACUGACAUUUGGGUGUUUCCAAUUAAGGGUAGAGUGUGUUACUACUAUAAUUAAAGGCAUUUCUGAAUAAAUCACUAAUAACUAGAAAACUUUGUUUUUAAAGAAUGUCCUUUCAUUGUGCCGGUUUUCGUAUGUAUUCCUGGAAUUUGUAUUUACAGUAUAAUUCGUCGCAUUGUAAUCGACUUACUAUCAUGUAAAAUAUACAAUAUAUUGUGUAUAC